AUGACAGAGGGGAGAAGAAAAACUGGUCGUCAUGAGUUUUUCAAGUACUUUCCCAAAGAUUUAUUGACAGAAGUUCUUGCUCGCGUGGCCUCUGCAUCGAUUUCAGAUCUCUUCACAGCUAAAUUAAGCUGCAAAGAGUUUCUUGAAGCAGCAUCAGAGAACUAUGUUUUUGAACACAUCACAAUCGAGAAACUCCCAGUUAUUCCUUGGAGGAUUAGCCACGAUGCCUCCUCUUUCUUGGCCCGUUGCAAGGAGAAUGGGAACCCUGAAGCUUUAUUUAGACAAGGGAUGGUCGAGUUCUUUAGUUCCAACAAACCAGAAUCAGGAUUCCAACACUUGAAGAACGCGGCCAGAAAAGGGCACGUAGAAGCACUAUACACAUGCGGCGUCCUCCUCGUAUGCCAUGGCGGGCAAUUUAAACAAGAGGGUAUAGAACUGCUUUCUUCUCUGAAGAACUACAAAUCAAGACACCGCACAGUUAAAGAGUGUAGAGACAAAAUAAAAGAGAUUCUUCAAAGCAUGUGGAUUGACAGAAGGGAAGCUGGUAUUGGACCACAAGAACCCAAGAGCCAUGGAAGAACCUGCAACUGUAGCAAAUUUAACAAGAGAGGAUGGAUUGAUGAGGAAGAGUAUACUACUUGUGAUCAUUGCGUAUGGGAUCAUGAAGCAACUCUGUUUUGUAAAAUUCUAAGGGCUAGAGGCUUUGGAAUAUCAUAA